AUGGGCCCCAAUCUCGCCCGCAUCUCGACGGUCCCGCCGGACGCCCAGACAAGUCCCUGUCACUCCCCCGACGCCACUCCGGGUUCCGGCUCCGCGCUCACCACUCAAGUCUCGGCCGAGGACCGCGACGGUCACAGCGACGACGACGACGACGACCAUGACAGAACAACGACAAUAAACAACAACGACGCCAGCCAAGAUCCGGACGCCCUCCGCCUACAACGCACACACACAACCCCGUCCCCCUACCGGCUCCUCCCACAAUGGCGCAAGAAUCUCGUCGUCUUUGUAACUGCAUUCACUGCGCUGCCCAUAACCUUCGGCUCAACCUCCCUCUUUCCCCUCACCCAAGAAAUAUCCACAUCCCUCAACUCCACGCCGGCCCACAUCCAGCUCAUCAACGCGAUCGUCUUAGUCCUCAUGGGCUGCAGCAUAUUCUUCUGGGGCCCGCUGAGCAAGAUCUUCGGCCGUAAGAACGCCUGGCUCGCCGCGACGGUUAUUUUCGCAGUUACGACGGCGGGAACUGCAUUUGGCGGAAUCGGGUUGGCCGUGUUCACGGCAAUGAGGGUGAUUAGCGGGUUCGAGGGCACGUUCUUCCAUAUCGCCGGGCAGACGUGGAUCGCGGACAUCUUUGAGCCUACGGAAAGAGGCACAGCUACGGGCUUCUUCCUGGUCGGCACCGUCUUCGGUCCAGCGUUCGGACCUUGCUUCGCUGGCAUCAUGGUCACAUACACGACCUGGCGUUCGGUACUGUGGCUCCAGGUGGCCAUGUCGGGCAUUGGCUUGAUUCUGUCGGGCACACUGCCAACCGAGAAGAUCACGAAGAAGCAGCAGGACGACGAUGAAGACAAGGACAAACUCACUCCCCUCGCCGUGCUCAAGCUGUUUGACCCGACAAACACAUUCAAGGCUUUCUUGUUCCCAAACAUCCUCCUCACAGACAUAGCAUGCGGCUGCAUGUCCUGGUCGCAAUACACUUUGCUCGCCGCUCCGCGGCACGUCCUCAACCCCCGCUUCAACCUCACCACCCCGCUAGUCUCGGGACUGUUCUACAUCGCGCCAGGCGUCGGCUUCAUCCUCGGCACCCUCAUCGGCGGGCGGUACUCGGACGCCACGGUGCGCAAGCACAUCGCCCUCCGGGGAGGGCUGCGCCUGCCCCAGGACCGCCUCCUCUCGGGGAGGGUCGCCUUCUUCGCCAUCAUCCCGCUCGCGCAGCUCGUGUACGGGUGGUGCCUGCACUUCAACGUUCCCCAGGGCACCACGGGCGGCUUGGCCGUCGCGCUCGUCUUCGCGGCCGUCCAGGCGUUUGGCCUGCUGUUCGCGUUCGCCAGCCUCAACACGUACUGCGCCGAGGCGCUGCCCCGCAGACGCAGCGAGGUCAUUGCCAGCAAGUACCUCGUCCAGUACGGCACGUCAGCCGUGGGCAGCGCGGUCGUGGUCCCGCUCAUCGAUGCCGUGGGGAUGGGGCCUGCGACUACCAUCAGUGCCCUUCUCGUCCUGGUCGCUGGCUGCCUGUCGAUGAUCACGGCCAAAUACGGCAUCAACAUGCAGCGCUGGGCCGAGCGCAAGAUGCCGCAACUUCUUGCAUUGUAA